UAUUGGUUGGGAAGAGAAAAUAUUGGAAGAGGAGAAAAUCUUGAAGAAAAGAGAAUAUAAAAAAGAAAAUAGAGAGGAAGAAGAGAAACUAUUGGAGAAGAAGAGAAUAUAUUGGUGAAGGAGAUAAACUGUUGGGCCAGAGGAGAAAACCUUGGGGAAGAAAAGAGAAUAUAGAGGAAAGAGAGAAAAUACUGGAGGAGAGGAGAAACUAUUGGGGAAGGGAAGAGCGUGUGGAGGAAGAACAGAAACCAUUGGAGAAGAAGAGAGGGAAGAUGGAAGCGGCAGCGUGGGCGCGUGCCAAGGGAGGAGGGCAAGGGCAGGGGGGGGGGCAGGGGCGGCCCCACAUCCCCAAUCCAGCGCCGCCGCCCCCGGUGCCCCCCGCCCGCCGCGGGCAUGCAGGGCAUGGAGCUGUGCGCCGUGGCCGUCGUCAUCCUCCUCUUCAUCGCCGUCCUGAAGCAGUUUGGCAUCCUGGAGCCCAUCUCCGUGGAAGACAACUGCGACGCCGGCGACGUGGAGCUCUCGGCCGCACGGCACCAACCCGAGGGGCUGGAGCAGCUGCAGGCGCACACCAAGUUCACCAAGAAGGAGCUGCAGUCCCUGUACCGCGGCUUCAAGAACGACUGUCCCAGCGGCCGCGUGGACAAGGAGACCUUCACGCUCAUCUACGCGCAGUUCUUCCCACAGGGAGGUGGCGGGGGGUUUCGGGGGGGUUCUCCGUGUCACCCCAGCUCUGUCCGCCCCCAGGAGAUGCUGGAGAUCAUGAAAUCCAUCUACGACAUGAUGGGACGCUGCACCCUGCCCGCCCCACGGGACAGCGCGCCCGCAGAGCACGUCGAGCAGUUCUUCCAGAAGAUGGACAGGAACGGGGACGGCGUGGUGACCUACGAGGAGUUCCUGGAGACGUGCCAGCAGGAUGCGGACAUCAUGAGCUCCAUGCAGAUCUUCGAGAACACCAUUUAGAGCACAGGGAUCCCACCGCCCCGCGGCCCUGCUGGGACGCAGCACGAGGCGUGAGGGAUGGUGAAAAUGAGGAGAAACCCUUAAACACGAGGAGAAACCUUUAAAAUAAGGAGAAACCCUUAAACACGAGGAGAAACCUUUAAAAAUAAGGCUGACAUCGCCGGCUUGCACACCGGAGCACCCCUGGCGGCUCAUUUUGGGGCAGAUCUCCCCGAAAAAGGGACUCUGCCCCACAGGUGACCCAGCACAACGUGGACAUUAUGGGAUGGAUGUGACUCUGAUGGACGUGGGCUGCUGGGGAGUUGGGGGUGGGGGGGCCUGGGUUUCAGGGAGCGCUGAGAGCCCCCUGACCCCUGAGCCUUGGGGGCUCCUCACACCUCCAUUGGAUCUGAGCGUUGCUGUUUUUUUUCCCCUAAAUAAAGCAACCGGCGAUGAUGUGGGGAUCACACAGCGCUGCUGCCCUGCGCCAGCUCAGGACCUUGGGCCGUGCGUGGAAACAAGGCCCGCUGGGGCCGUUUUUCGCCCAAAACGGGGCUGGCGAGGCAGCUCGGGGGGCGGUGGUGAGGGGUGACGAGCAGCACGUCCCCUCGCGUGUCCCCGCGCGUGGGGGUGGGCAUGGCCGCUGCCGGGGGAGGAGCAGGAGGAGGCCCGGCCCUCCAUGGCUGCUGGCCGUUACCAUGGCGACCAGCCUCCGCCACGGAGUCCUUCCGUAUCACUGCGCAUGUGCGAGAUGUAGAGCGCGCAUGCGCAGGAGGCAGCUGGCGCACGCGCGCCGCGCGGACUGCGCAAGCGCGGCUCUCCGUUUCGCCAUCGGCGCAUGCGCACAUUCGCACGUCGGCCUCUGCGCAUGCGCGUCGAGUCGCGUCGCCGCUCUGCGCAUGCGCCCUUCCUUGCGCCGCCGCCCUCGCGCAUGAUGGCCGCCGCCGGCCGUUGCUGAGGCUCUUCCGUCACUUCUUCCUCCCCACAUGGAGGGCGGCGAUGGGCUCUCUGAGCAGCCGGCUGCUGAGGCGGCGGGGCGGCCCCUCGCUCGGCGACGGGGCGGCGGGGGAGGGCGGCGGUGGCGGGGGUAGGGGAUGUCGAGGAGGAAAGAGAAAGCGCGGGGGGGGCGAGGGGCCCGGUGACAGCGACAGUGACAGCGACAGCGAGCGGGACGAGCGGUUCCACAACGCCCCGCGCAGG